CACCUUGACCCAAGAGAACUGUUUGCACAAAAACAGAAUUUCUCCACUUGGAAAUAGCCUUAUUGUGCCUGAUAGAAAUAAAGACGGUGCUGUGUGCGCUAAUAGCCAGCCUUAUUGGAAGCUCAGAUAGCACUUCUGGUGUUGGCCUACAGCUGCAGAAUGACUAAUUUAUUCUCCCUUAUCUGCCCGGAGGGUGUUGAUGCUGUAAUGUGCAAGAACCGUAAGGGUUUGGUUGUAGGAUGCCUUCUCAUCAUCUGUGUCAUAUCUGGAAUAAUUGCUCUCAUCCUCAGUCUUGUAGGCUUCCAAGACAUAUACCUACCGUCACCUAACAAGUAUGGCUUGGUAUUUGAUGCCGGAUCAUCCCAUACAUCCCUCUACAUAUACCAGUGGCCAGCUGACAAGGAGAACGAUACCGGCAUAGUGAGACAGAUCUCUAUGUGCGAUGUGCAAGGAAAGGGGAUUUCAUCAUAUGCAGACAACCCUGCUCUAGCCGGGGAAAGUUUAAAGGAAUGCAUGAACAAAGCCCUGACAAUUAUUCCAGAAAGUCGACAUAAGGAAACCACAACUUUACUUGGAGCUACAGCAGGGAUGAGGCUUCUGAAUGUCCAGAAUGCAACAACAAGUCAACGAAUCUUUGAAGAAAUCACAAAGACCCUAAGCAAAUACCCAGUGAAUUUCCAAGGGGCCCGAAUAUUAACAGGAAAUGAAGAAGGUUCUUUGGGGUGGAUUACUGUCAAUUAUCUUUUGGGAACUUUUAUUACGCUGAAUUCUUUAGUGGGUGGCGUGACCCACCCAGAACAGACUAACAUGGUUGGAGCCAUGGAUCUCGGUGGUGCUUCCACCCAAAUGACUUUCCAUCCUUCCGUCAAAAUUGAGAACAAGGACACAGAAAUGUCUUUUAGGCUCUAUGGAUAUAAUUAUACCAUCUACACACACAGCUAUCUCUGCUAUGGACAAGACCAGGCGCUGAAGAAACUUCUGGCAGAAUUCAUACAGAAUUCUACAACUAAUAUAGUCAGCCACCCUUGCUAUCCAAAGGGAUAUAAAGAAAAUUUUACUUUGACCUCUGUAUACAAUAGUCCAUGUUUGACCACAUCUCCUGGAAACUUGCAAGUAAACGUCACUGUAGAAGGACAAGGAAACCCCGGAGCUUGCCGCCAGUCAUUCUUCAGAAUCUUUAACUUCUCACAAUGUAAUAAUAAUGCAAACUGCUCCUUUAAUGGGGUCUACCAGCCACCUCUGCAAGGAAAGUUCUAUGCAUUUUCCGCAUUUUAUUACACCUUCAAUUUCCUCAACAUGACCUGUGGACAAUCCCUGAGUUCCACCAACAGUACAAUCUGGAAUUAUUGUACUCAGGACUGGAGCACUCUUCUUGCAAAUCACCCUCAAGAGAACCGUAAACGUUUAUCGGAGUACUGUAGUUCUGCAAUGUACAUACUGACCUUGCUGUUGGAUGGAUACAAGUUUAACGAGCAGAAUUGGAAAACCAUUCAGUUCAGCAAACAGGCUGGCAAUGCAGAUAUUGGAUGGACACUUGGGUAUAUGCUCAAUUUGACCAACAUGAUCCCUUCGGAGAAACCUGUGAAGUUGGAAGCCUACGACUACAGCCCGUGGGUGGCUGCAAUAUUCUUUAUCGUGCUGUCCAUUGCUGCCGCAAUAGUGGCAUCCGGCUUGUACUGCUUCUGCAGGAACUCAUGAGACAUUAUCCCAUAUUGGGAUGUGUACAGGGUAGGACUUGUGUGCCUUACCCAACUGUACUGUCAGCCCAGAAAUACAUACAUCAGAUUAUUUAUAUUUACCCUCUGUCUUCUGAAAAAAACUCAUGUCUACACGUUAGAACUAUUUAAUUUGUUUCUGUUUCCAAAUACCUAAUUUGUAAAACAGUUACAUAUAAUUAUUGUCUUUUGUGAAGUUAAUAUAGCUUCUAUCACUGCUGGCCAAUUAUAAUUAAAGCAUCGUUAAACUAUA